CUGCGAGCAUCCCUCCGCCCUCGGAGCCCGAGCUUGGGCUGCUCUUUGUUCUGGUCGCUUCCUCCUAGACCCGGGCUCCAUCUCCUCCUAGACCCAGGCUGCAUCCCUCGCCUCCGGUUCUCGCUCCCGGCCCCCUUCGCUCGCCGCCCCUCCGCCCGCUACAGCUGGGUCUGCAUCCUCCUUCCCUAACGCUCCGUCCCAGAUCCAAGCCUCCCUCCUUCCCGACUUCUCGCCCAGAGCCUGGUACCUUGCUCCGCACCCCUUCGUCCUGCGUCUUCCUGGUGGUCCGUCCUAGAAUCCCCCUUUCCCACGGUCCGGUCGUCCGGCCGGGCCCCGCCCCUGCGCGCGGGGGAUGCCCCCCGCCGCCCCGCGCCCAUGGUCCUGACGCUGCUCUUCUCCGCCUACAAGCUGUGCCGCUUCUUCGCGAUGUCGGGCUCAGCGCCAAGUGCCGAGCGGCUCGCGGUGCCCGGGCCGGGCGGCGGUGGCGGCGCGGGCCCGUGGUGGGCCGCCGGCGGCCGCGGGCCCCGCGAGGUGUCGCCCGGGGUGGGCACCGAGGUGCGCGGCGCCCUGGAACGCGCGCUACCCGAGCUGCAGCUGGCGCUGUCGGCGCUGAAGCAGGCGUGCGGCGCGCAAGCCGUGGGCAUCGGGCUCACCGAGGUCUUCCAGCUGGUGGAGGAGGCAUGGCUGCUGCCGGGCGUGGGCCGCGAGGUCGCGCAGGGUCUGUGCGAUGCCAUCCGCCUGGACGGCGGCCUCGACCUGCUGCUGCGGCUGUUGCAGGCGCCGGAGCUGGAGACGCGCGUGCAGGCCGCACGCCUGCUGGAGCAGAUCCUGGUGGCUGAGAACCGGGACCGGGUGGCGCGCAUAGGCCUGGGCGUGAUCUUGAACCUGGCGAAGGAGCGCGAGCCGGUGGAGCUGGCGCGGAGUGUGGCCGGCAUCUUGGAACACAUGUUCAAGCACUCGGAGGAGACCUGCCAGCGGCUGGUGGCGGCCGGUGGUCUGGAUGCCAUUCUGUUCUGGUGCCGCCGCACCGACCCGCCGCUGCUGCGCCACUGCGCGCUGGCGCUGGCCAACUGCGCGCUGCACGGCGGCCAGGCCACGCAGCGGCGCAUGGUGGAGAAGCGCGCGGCCGAGUGGCUCUUCCCGCUCGCCUUCUCCAAGGAGGACGAGCCUCUGCGGCUGCACGCCUGCCUCGCCGUGGCCGUCCUGGCCACCAACAAGGAGGUGGAGCGCGAGGUGGAGCGCUCCGGCACGCUGGCGCUCGUCGAGCCGCUCGUGGCUUCGCUCGACCCCGGCCGCUUCGCCCGCUGCCUGGUGGAUGCCAGCGACACGAGCCAGGGGCGCGGGCCUGACGACUUGCAGCGCCUCGUACCCCUGCUUGAUUCGUCGCGCAUGGAGGCGCAGUGCAUCGGGGCCUUUUACCUCUGCGCAGAGGCUGCUAUCAAGAGCCUGCAGGGCAAGACCAAGGUAUUCAGCGACAUUGGGGCCAUCCAGAGCCUGAAACGCCUGGUCUCCUAUUCCACCAACGGCACCACGUCGGCACUGGCCAAGCGCGCACUGCGCCUGCUGGGCGAGGUGGUGCCGCGGCCCAUUGUGCCCUGCGUGGCCAGCUGGAAAGAGGCCGAGGUCCAGACGUGGCUGCAGCAGAUCGGCUUCGCGCAGUACUGCGAGAGCUUCCGGGAGCAGCAAGUGGACGGGGACCUGCUUCUGCGGCUCACGGAGGAGGAACUUCAAACCGACCUGGGCAUGAAAUCGGGCAUCACCCGCAAGAGAUUCUUUCGGGAGCUGACCGAACUCAAGACCUUUGCCAACUACGCCACGUGUGACCGCAGCAACCUGGCCGAUUGGCUGGGCAGCCUGGACCCGCGCUUCCGCCAGUACACCUAUGGCCUGGUCAGCUGCGGCCUGGACCGCUCCCUGCUGCACCGCGUGUCGGAGCAACAGCUGCUGGAGGACUGCGGCAUCCGCUUGGGCGUGCACCGCACCCGCAUCCUCGCGGCCGCCAGAGAAAUGCUGCACUCCCCGCUGCCCUGCACCGUGUGCAAGCCCAGUGGGGACAUCCCGGACGUCUUCAUCAGCUACCGCAGGAACUCAGGCUCCCAGCUGGCCAGCCUCCUGAAGGUGCAUCUGCAGCUGCACGGCUUCAGCGUCUUCAUCGACGUGGAAAAGCUGGAAGCAGGCAAGUUUGAGGACAAGCUCAUUCAGAGUGUCACGAGCGCCCGCAACUUUGUCCUGGUGCUGUCGGCGGGGGCACUAGACAAGUGCAUGCAGGACCACGACUGCAAGGAUUGGGUGCACAAGGAGAUUGUGACAGCUCUGAGCUGUGGCAAGAACAUUGUGCCUGUUAUUGAUGGCUUCGAGUGGCCCGAGCCCCAGGCCCUGCCGGAGGACAUGCAGGCCGUGCUCACCUUCAACGGCAUCAAGUGGUCCCAUGAGUACCAGGAAGCCACCAUUGAGAAGAUCAUCCGCUUCCUGCAGGGCCGCUCCUCCCGGGACUCAUCUGCAGGCUCUGACACCAGUUUGGAGGGUGAGCUGGUGCAGGUGGUCGAGGAGCGACUCUCCAAGUAGCAAGACUCAAACCCAUCGCCAGGCACUCCACGUGGUGUCUGCCACCACCACAACCGUGCCAGCUAGUGACAUCACCCGCCACUGGUUAGAGGAGUAGCUGGGGCUCCAAGAGCUUGGAGGAGGUGCCCCGACACUGGGCCCAGCUGUCCCGAUGCUCCCCGCGCUGCUGCUGGGCGCCGCCGUCCUGAGGCUCACCCCCACGGCUGUGCCCUGUGCUGCCCUGUGGCCAGGGUCUCUCUCCUUGUCCCCCCGGAACCUGGUGGAGGGGUAGGCCGUCACAGCCAAGGCUGGCCCAGGAAUCGGCAUCAUGCCCUGUGCUCCCCCAAACCUAUUAGAACCCACCACCCCCAGGAAGCCAAUUCCAGCAAUGGGGGCCUGGGACUGCCCGUCACUGCCCUCCUGAUGAGGGCUCACGCCUCAGGGUGGGCUCUGCUCCCACAGGUGUUGGCCUGUCACCCCGGCUCUUGGGGAACUCAACACUUUGCCUUGGGCCGCACUUGCUCCUCCUUCCUUUAUGCCACACAGUGCCUCAGGGACCAGGGGCUGGAUCCGACGUAACUGUGGACGCUGUCCAGGGCAGAGGUGGUAACAGUGUGUUGAGAACCCCCAUGGCUUCCAUCUGUGUCUUUAUACACAUCAGUCCUACACUCCUGAGGCCCCUGGGCCGUCCUCAGAGGGUCUCCUGGCUGAUUUCUUGAUCUGAUGGAAAUGAUCUCCCUCCACUGCUGCCCACCUAGUGGCCUUUACGCUGGCCCUGCCCUCCUCCCGCCUCCCCAGAGAACCAGAGCCCACUCCCAGCCCCAUCAGGGCGGCCAAAGUGGUCCGUGCCCUGGUCCAGGCCAGUGUUCAGGAAACACCCUUCCUUGCUGCGAUGGUGUCCAGGCUGUAGCCACCUGGUACCCAUUAUGAUGGCAGGAGUACCCCAUUAGUCACCUGGCCUGCCCCUCACACAGCUGUGAAGGGCCUUUCCCCUAAAGAGCGGUAUGCAUGGGGCCAGGCUUUUCUGCCUGGCUGUAGCUGAGUGAGAUCAUGAGCUCAUCUCACUGCACUGCCCAGGGGGUCAGGGAGAAGCUCGGCAUGCAGGAAGCCCAGGUCCCAUCCCUGGUAGAGACCCUCAGGGCCAGAUGUCUCUUAAGCACUGCUGGAUGUGAAACCAAAAUAUCUUCCCCCUGAGAAUAAUGCCCCCUGCCAAACAAAAACAAGCCACAGUUACUCGUGGAUGUUCCCAGGUCAAAAAGUCCAGCCUAUGAAGAGAGGCGGGUCAUUCUAGAAUGGAUGAUAGGAAGAAUUUCAGAACAGUUCCUGGGUCCAGAGCCCAAUGGGCUGAGCACAUGCCGUGCACGCAAGAACCGGAUUUCCAUCCCCAGCACCUCAUGGUCCCAGGCAGAGCCAGCACAGAUCCUGGAGCACUAGGCCAGGAGAAUCCCCUGCGACCCGCCCCCCCACCCCCGAAAGACAAAAUAAAAAAGAACAU